AUGAAUCAAAUUUCUUCUCUUGGAGUCAAUCACAAAGGGUUUAACCGCUUACUCUCAGUACGUUUCUACAGCCAAAUGAUACGAUCACCAAUGGAAUAUGGUCUUGCUAUCUGCGCGUUGAAUAAUAGUCACUUUACUAAACUUGAAGCUUGUCAAAAUGAAUGCAUUCGACGUAUUUUUGGUGGUUCUGCUAGAUCAUCAACCAAAGUAAUGCUGCACCUAGUACAACAACCUUCAAUGACAACCCGAGCUACUAUUCUGCAAGCCAAAUACCUUAUUCGAUCAAUGAAACUACCCGACGAUACAUUACUGAACAAACUUCUACCUCAUCUUCAAAUGUCCAGCAGCCAUUCUCAAUGGUAUAAACUAACAGUCAACCCACUCUGGAGAGAAUGUGCCCCUAUCUUGGACGAACUUGAUAGAAAGGUUUUCAAACGGCUCCGUCUGCGUUUUCAAAAAACUCAAUAUGAAAACCUCUGUCAGGGUUUAAAUUCUAAGCUGAUUCGUGCAUGUCGUCCUAAUAUGAUCAUCGAUCCAAUUCUUUGGCUGCCCAUGACGAAUACGGAAAGAAGCCAAGUCCUCCGCUGGCGCCUCAGCUGGCGCCUCAGCUGGCUACCUGGCGGUAUACCUCGUCCAUGCCCCUAUCAUCCUUCUCAAACGUUCGGUCGUACUCAUUCUAUUGAGUGUCUACAAAUGCACCACCGACUCCAAAUGCCAAGAACGGUCACUGACCCACUCUCCUUCCUGCUCAACCAACUACCUACUAAAAAGCUAAAACGCUCACAGGAUGUGGCUCCUUGGACAAUCUGUUAG